AUGCGCAUAUAUUAUGAUUCACUGAAUGUGGAUUUGCCAUUGAAGAAAUGCUUUGAGGUGGAUGAUAUGCUCUACUGGCGACGCGUGGUCCUUGCCAAAAGCUCGAGCCAGGUGUUAAAACUAAAGAAAUGGAAUGAUUACGACUGGAAGUCCAAGGGUGUUAGCCUCAAGUAUGUGGAGCUAGUUGAAAACUGUCCAGCCGAGUUUUGGCCAGAAAAAAAGAUGGCCCAUUUGGCUGGGCUGGUCAAAGGGAGUGUGAAAUCAAUGCACAUUCGUCGUUUGAAGCCUUUGCCGGCAACUGCAUUCGCACAUUAUAUGGAUAGUGACUCAGAGUUGGAUGUCACAUCGUCGUCAUCAGAGAUGGAGGAAAUUUCCAGUGAUGAACCGGACACCGAGGAAGAGAACGAAGAUGUUGAAGGUGAACGAGAAGACCAUGAAACAAGCACUGAUAUAAUUUCGCAAGAUUCAAGCGAUGAUAGUGUCAGGAGAGUUGAUAUCUACACCUCAAGGGAGUUUUCUAUUGUACAAGCAGAUAAGCAACGUGUUGAUCGCGUAAUUGCUCGACACGGUCGCAAUGAAGCACGACAACAAUUGCGAAAUAUUUGUGCAAAACGAAAAGCUGAACGUGACGGUCGUCGCCAGCGCCGGGAAAUAAUCCGACAGAUGCUUGAUGCAGCAACCAAGCUAAGCCUUAGGAAAACUGCUACAAAAAAGAACAAAAUGAAAAUAAAAGGAGUCUUUGAUACACCUGUAGAGCCGGAACCAAGCGAUAGGGUAGACAAAAUACGCGAUAUGCGAAACAAGGAAAAUUACUGCGACGCAUUAGACGUUAUGACUACCCAUCGGAACACUGUCAUCACAUUGAUCUCAGCUUUGGUGGAGCACUAUCAGCGUCGGUAUUUAAAGUUCUCCUUCGAUGAUAUAUCACGUCUAAGCAAAGGGCUCAGAACAUUGGAGAACUUGAAAAUAUUUCGCUUGCGCAACAGUCCAUUGCAUAAGGAACAGUUGCUAGUUCUAGCCCGUGCCCUCAGGACACUGAAUAUGCUGGAAGAAGUGGACUUUGGCUACGAUCUGAUUCCCGACGAUUGCUGCAUUGCACUCUCUACUUUGCUGCAGCGGAAAAAAAUUUUAAAAGUCCUACAACUGGAAUACAAUAAAUUAGGAAAAUCGUGCAUGGAGGCCAUUGUGUUUGCUCUCAGCGAAUAUGAAGGCGAUGAACCUCUCGAUUACCUAGGCCUAGCCCAUAAUCCGAUCACAUCUGGCGGCCUAUCUUCUCUAAUACGAUUUAUGGUACAUUCAAAACAUGUGGAGAAGCUGAACAUAUCGGCUAUAGAGGUGGCCAGAGAAAUAGUGGCCAAUGAGGUGUGUCGCCUUUUGCGAUUACAUAGUCGAUUGCGUCAUUUGGAUAUGGCAGCAUUACCCCUUGAUCCUUCUGCUGGUGUUGCCAUACUUCGUGCCAUCAAAUCAAAUAGUAACAUCCUCUAUAUCGAUUGUCGUGAUUGCGAUUUGGGUGAAGAUGCGGAAUUUGAAAUUGAUAUUUUAAUAAGGCAAAACAUUUGUAAUCUUCUUAUGAACCGCAAACAUCCGAUUGUGGAAAAAAUUCAAGGGGAACAGAAAAAAAAAACCGGGUUCGUGAAAAAUCGCCUCAAUCAAUCACCCUCAAAGACUUCCUUAACCAAGGCAGUUGAAGUUAAGAGGGACACUGCUGAAGACUACGACAUUUGGGCAGACCUUGGGGUGAAAUCUCAGUUGCCACGGUUUCGUCAAUUUGUCCAUCAGCCUGGUCCAUCGAAUCGAUAUUACUAUAUUAAGAACAAUAGGGGUCCCUAUGAGACAUCGCACUGA